AUGCUACUUUAUUUCUUCUUGGUUUGCUUUUGUUUAUUUGCAAACGCUGCUGAUGCAACUGCAUUAACAUAUAAAAUCGAGGCUCAUGAAUACGCUUGUUUCUUUGUUUGGAACGAUACACCAGGAAAAAAAGUUGGCUUCUAUUUUGCUGUUCAACAAGGCGGUUCCUUUGAUGUCGAUUUUAAUGUGCUUGGACCCAAACGUCAAUCUAUCCUUAGCGGAAUUCAGGAACGCCAGGGAGAUUACGUCUUUACAGCCAAUGAACCUGGAGAAUAUGCAUUCUGUUUUUCUAAUGAAAUGUCAACACUGACUGAUAAACUCAUUGACUUUGAAAUCCUUCUUGAACAUGAAGUUCGUCCUGAAUUCAAAAAGGAUGCUUUUGGAAAAGAGCAACCUACGUUGACUGAAAUGGAAGAAACUAUCUUUAGGCUUUCAGGUGACUUGACAAAGAUUGCUCGUACACAGAGGCAUUUCCGUACAAGAGAGAACCGUAACGCAGCCACUGUGGCUUCUACAAAAAGUAGACUAUUUUGGUUUUCUGUAUUGGAAAGUCUUGCUAUUGUUUCAAUGGCUGCCAUACAAAUAUUUAUCAUCAAAAGUUUCUUUAAUGUAAAGAAAGGUGGGGUUUAA